GGACUCCAGGCCUCCAGGGAUGCAGGGCUCCCACUCUCCACCACAAGCAACGAAGCCUGCAAGCUGUUUGAUGCCACCCUGACCCAGUAUGUGAAAUGGACCAAUGACAAGAGUCUCGGUGGCAUUGAGGGCUGCCUUUCAGAGCUCAAGGUAGCAGAUCCAACCUUUGCAAUGGGCCAUGCCAUUUCUAACGGCCUCAUGCUGAUUGGCACUGGAAGCUCUGUGAGGCUGGACAAAGAACUGGACCUGGCUGUGAAGAUGAUGGUCGAGAUUUCAAAAACCCAGCCACUGACACACCGAGAACAGCUGCACGUGUCUGCAGUAGAGACGUUUGCCAAGGGGAACUUUCCGAAAGCCUGUGAACUAUGGGAACAGAUUCUCCGGGACCAUCCGACAGACAUGCUGGCCCUGAAAUUUUCCCAUGAUGCCUACUUUUACCUGGGCUUCCAAGAACAGAUGCGAGAUUCUGUUGCUCGAAUUUAUCCCUUCUGGACACCUGACAUCCCCCUCAGCAGCUAUGUGAAAGGCAUCUAUUCUUUUGGAUUGAUGGAAACCAAUUUCUAUGAUCAGGCAGAAAAACUCGCCAAAGAGGCCUUAUCUAUUAACCCGACGGAUGCAUGGUCCGUGCACACCAUCGCUCACAUCCAUGAGAUGAAAGCAGAGAUCAAAGACGGGUUGGAAUUCAUGCAGCGCUCAGAGACCCACUGGAAGGAUUCUGAUAUGCUUGCUUGUCACAAUUAUUGGCAUUGGGCUUUAUAUCUGAUUGAGAAGGGUGAAUAUGAGGGUGCACUGACCAUUUAUGAUAAUCACAUCCUCCCUAGCCUGCAGGCCAGUGGUGCGAUGCUGGACAUGGUGGACAACUGUUCCAUGCUCUACCGCCUCCAGAUGGAAGGAGUGUCUGUGGGCCAGCGGUGGCAGGAUGUCCUGAGGGUGACCCAGAAGCACAGCCAAGACCACAUCUUGCUGUUCAAUGAUGUCCACUUCCUGAUGGCGUCCCUGGGCGCUCGGGACUCCCAGACCACACAGGAGCUGCUGACCACCCUGCAGGAUGCCAGCGAAUCCCCCGGGGAGAACUGUCAACACCUUCUGGCCCGAGAUGUGGGGCUGCCCCUGUGCCAGGCCCUGGUGGAGGCUAAGGAUGGGAAUCCCGACCGUGUUGUGGAACUGCUCCUGCCCAUCCGCUACCGGAUUGUCGAGAUUGGAGGCAGCAAUGCCCAGAGAGACGUCUUCAACCAGCUACUGAUUCAUGCGGCCUUGAACUGCACCUCCAGCCUCCAUAAGAACGUGGCCCGGAGCCUUCUGAUGGAGCGUGACGCCUUGAAGCCCAACUCGCCUCUGACCGAGCGGCUCAUCCGCAAGGCAGCCACUGUCCACCUCAUGUAGUGAACUGGCCUGGCUGCCUCUGACCUGGAGACUUCAGCGAUGGCCUCCCUAGCAUUCUAUCAGCUGCUCUGCUGGAUUAGGGUCAGGGGAAUAGCCAGGGCCUGUUUGUUAGGGCUGUUAAGAGGGUGAUCUUCAGUCUUAUGCAGAAAGCCCUGGAAACCAACGGUUU